ACUUGUUUCCUUUUCUGCCAAAACAUUUAAUAAUAUAUUAUUUUAGGAGAAUGCUAAAAAAUGUUAAUUUAUAUUAUCAUACUUCUAAUUGAACAGAUCAUCGCUGAUGAAAGCUGCGGAUGUGUUAAAUAUGCUCCAGAAUAUCUCCAUGAAACCGUAGAUGUUGACGGUGACACAGCUCACAUACAUCUCUACCCUGAAACAACAGCAGGAGACAGCUGCAGGGAUCAUUGCUCGUCUGUCUCGCAUUACUGGCAUUCAACAUUAAAAGGUGUAUGUCUGUGUGGAUCUGAGAUUGCUAUGAUGAGCUGUGAGGAAUUGGUUGGACCAACUACAGAAGUUUUCUGUAUACACCAACAGACACCCAAAGAGUACGUCGUACACAAUGGUUUUCAUGUACACAGGAUGCCAGAAGAUACUGUACACGAAUUAAACGAGCUAAAAGAGCACAUCCAACUUGAGGAAGCUAUUGUACAACUUGAGACAGAUAUACAUGGUAUUGAAGAAAACCUUCUACACCCCCUCAAUCAUGUACAUAACAAUGAUGUACAAAUCCUAGAUGAUGAUGGUGUACAUAACUAUACAAUGUUUGAAUCUGAUCCAAGUUCAAAUAGUACAGAUCUUCUCAACGAACAUCCACGAAAGUUGAUGAAAAUGCACGGAAACCAGAUUUUGGCGUUAAUUCUGGGUUUAAGUUGCGUUACCUGUCUUUUUGUCGGAGUACUGAGUGUUUAUCUGGCGCGGAGGCGAGAUAGAAAAUCCAAGCUUGCUUGUGAUAAAGAAAUUAGUGAAGGUUCAUCAGUUGACCAGCUUUACUAAAACCAGCUAGAUAUACGUUUCCGACCUGCUAAAUAUUCUGGUUUAAUUGGAUAAAGAAUCACGUUUUGAGAAUUAUCGUAAAAUUCGUUCAAGCCAUGUAUUGAAAAUUAAAAAAUUGUUAAAGUCUCAUAUUACUAGUAGAUAUCCUCACAUGUUUUAAAGAUAGUUUAUCAAACCUUAACUUGUCAGAAAUAAGCUAAACGUACACUUAAAGAUUUUCAUGUCAGUUAAAAAAAAAUUGAAAAAAUAGCUGGGAAUUUUUAAUUAUUUUUCGGCCACAUAAAAUUUUCGAGAAAUCUGUCUAAUUUAAAAGAAUUAAGUACAAAACUACAUCCUUCCUCCCUCCCUCUUCUAUGUAUGCCUUGUGAUUUCAGCUUAUAGUAUAUCAUCAUUAUUAUAAUUUGCAGGGUUUUGAUAGAUUUCUACAGAUUUCAAUUAUAGGUACUUGUGAUUUGUACUUAAGAACUGUGUCAUAACUUUGGCUUUAAAAAUUUGAGCUUUUAGUUUAUGUUUUAUUGUAUAUAUUUUAAGUUUUAUUUAACCAGUGCCAUUUUUUGAAAUAUACUUUUGUGUUUGAAUUUAUCUUCAUUAAUUUUGAAAUAUUUAAAUGAUUUUAAUUACUUCUAUUGUAAGAAGAGAACGUUCUGGCCGGAAAAAUGAGAAGGUUUUCUGUUAUUAUAUAUAUUCUGCAAGCUAUAUAUAGAUAUGUUUAAUUUAUUACACAUACUGAUGUCAUGAUCUAUUCAUCUAUCAACUAUUUAAUCAUCUAUCUUUAUCAAAAGCAGUUAGAAAUCCAAAUCCACCCAAUGCAAGUGAGACCACAGUAAACAACAUUUCUAAAAUAUAUUUAUUAAUUUU